AUGGACUCCUCUUUCUCCGGCGACUUCAUCGAAGCGUACUCAGCAGCGACGAUGCCCACGAAUCUGGCCCCCAGUCUCUUCGAUCUCGACGGCAUGCCAUUCGAUUUCCUUCAAGAGACUCCGUUAUUCAUGGCUGAAGAACAGCAAGGCCCUCGUGAGACGAACAUGUCUUCACACCGCGGCACCAUGAUCAAUUCCGAAGCACAGCAGCAACUUCCUACUACACAAGUCCAGGCUUUGACCCCUUUCGCCGACAACAGCACCACCCAGGCCACUGCUGACAACUAUGGUUUCGUCAACUAUGGCAUGGCAAGCCUGAGCGAGCAUGCUCGCAACGUCGCCGCCCUCAUGGGCAGAGCUCAGACGUCGAACAUGAGACAAAGUGUCUCCGGAGCUGAGGUCUUCCAAGACCAGAUGGUGGUCAUCACAUGUGAUUGCACCAUCAGCAAUGCCCUGAAAGGGACGUUGAUCUUCUGA